AUGUCCACCCCAUCCACCCCCAUCGCCAUCAUCGGCGCGGGCCUCUCCGGCCUCACCCUCGCCCUCGCCCUCCACCGCCACUCCAUCCCCUGCACGCUCUACGAGUCCCGCCCCGCCUCCCUCGACAUCGGCGGCGCCAUCAUGCUCUCCCCCAACGCCCUCAAGGUCCUCGACGCCCUCGGCGUCUACCGGCGCAUUUCCCCCCUGGGCUUCCACUUCGAGAAGCUCUACUUCCGCUCCCACGACGACGCGCCCCUCGACGACUUCGACUUUGGCUCCCGCGACAAGCACGGCUACAAGGCCCUCCGCAUCUACCGCUACGAGCUCAUCAACGUCCUCGUCUCCAUGGUCCGCGACGCCGGCAUCCCCGUAGAGUACAACAAGAAGUUCUCCCACGUCACCGCCGAGACCCCAGAGAGCGUCACCUGGGCCUUUGCCGACGGAUCCUCCGCAACCGCACGCCUCCUCGUCGGCGCAGACGGCAUCCACUCCCGCGUCCGCAAGCACCUCUACCCUGAUCUGACCCCCAAGUUCACAAACAUGAUCGGCGUCACCGCCACCGUGCCCCGUGCCCAGCUCCAGGCCGGACCCGAGUAUCCCCUCCCGGUGACCAUCAUGAGCCCCAAGCACGGUGCCUUCGUCAUCGCCCCCCAGCGCGCCGACGGCUCCGAGGUUCUCAUCGGCAAGCAAAAGCGCCUCGCGCAAGACUACGACCGUGCCGGCUGGGACGAGCUCAUGGAGAACAAGUCCUGGUGCGUCGACUUCCUCCGCCAAGGGAGCGAGGACUUCCCCCCCAUUGUCGCAAACGCCGUCUCCGACAUUCCCCUCAAGGGCAUCAACCUCUGGCCCUUCUACCUCGUCCCCAAGCUCGACACCUGGACCAAGGGCCGCGUCGUGAUCCUCGGCGACGCCGCCCACGCGAUCCCUCCCACCGCGGGUCAGGGCGUCAAUCAGGCCUUCGAGGACGUCUACACGUUUGCCGGCGUCGUCGCCAAGGGGAGGGAGGAGGGCCAGCCUCUUGAAGCCGAAGGAGACGCCGUGCGCAUGGGCAGGACGCUCAAGAAGUGGCAACUGGGGCGACAGGAUCGUGUGGACAAGGUGCUGGAGCUGAAUGACAAGCUGAACAAGAGACGACUGCCGGAUGCAGGCGGGGCGGGUGACCUUGAGCCAUUUGACCUGGACUGGCUGUAUGGAGUGGAUUUUGAAGACCUGAUCGCCGAAUGGGCGAGUUGA